CUUUAAUGAUCGUGAAAGUCAAAUGGAGGAAAAAUGGACGAAGAGAGUACUUUCUAAAUUCUAACCAAACGAGCCCUGUGUCACUAUUUCUGAAGAAACAGGCAAACAGCUACGGAGUAAACAAGUAAACCCCUCCAAAAACCCUCAUUCAUCUUCAUUUUUCACUCCCCCGAUUUUCUCUCUGUCUCUCUCUCUCACUUCAAGGAUCAAAGCCAUAACAAUGGCGUCAAGGCUAACAAGGUAUCAUUCUUCACUCCAACGACCCACCGAUUCUCUCUCUAUCUCCUCCUUCAAGCGCCUCUUCUCUUCGUCUCCGUCAUCCCCAAUUCGCCACUCUCCGCCACUCCGGCGCACAACUCAGCCACGGAGGUACUUUGGGUUUGGUUCUGCAAUGAGUGAUGAUACUGCAAUUAAAAUGAAAGGUGGAUAUUCUAGUCAUGUUGAUUUUUUCCAACUAUCUGUUUCCUUUCUCAUGCCCAAGAAGGAUGGACAUGUUCGUGUAUGCAUCAGUCAGGCAUACUCAUUGGCUUCAUUGAACUCUAGAUUCACCAACCAGUUAAGUGAAAACCGCAGAAUGUUUCAAGCAACUCAAUCCUUCUACAGAUCAUUUGCAUCUGCAUCAGAGCAACCUCGGCAGAAACAAACAGAGGGGAAGAAAGAUAUAUCCACAGUGGAAGAUCCUUUUGAUUCCCCUACAUAUCACAUCCCGCCAAAACCUGUCACAUUUACAGAGGGUGCAUCCUACAGUAUCGUGAUUUUAGCUGGCCUUGGUAUAGCAGCUGCUGCGGCAUAUGGUGUUUUUAAAGAGCUGAUAUUUGAACCCAAAGAGUACAAAAUAUUUAGCAAGGCAUUAGAUAAGAUUAAAAAUGACGGUCAGGUCAGAGUGAGAAUUGGAUCACCUAUUAAAGGAUAUGGCCAGGAGAGCAGAAAUCGUGCUGCUCGCCAAAGGAUACCACAUAGGGUAUGGAAUGACGAAGAUGGGGUGGAACAUAUUGAGGUGAACUUUCAUAUUCGUGGGCCUAAUGGGGAUGGAAAAGUCUAUUGUGAGAUGUUCAAAGAUCCAACCGACAAUCAGUGGAAAUACAUGUAUCUGAUCGUCGACAUUCUCCACCCUUCUCAAACAAAGUUGAUCUUGGAAUCAUUUCUUCCAGCUUGAAAGUAUCAUCAGGUAUCCUUGGCAAGAUCAAGCACACUUUUUUUCAAUUUUUGCUUCCGGAACAUAUUCAUGUGAGUCACAGCUUGUCUCCCCCACCCGAAGGUUAUAAUUUGAGCCCCUCCCGUCCAUUGGCUCUGUGUAAUUACUGGUCCACAAAUUUAGUAGAGCCAGAAGAAAAGUAGAAAGAUUUGGCUAACUGCAGCAUCUAAGAAUUGUUACAAUAGCCAUGUAGUAUCAUCAGUGAAGAGAAAAGUUUUUGAAAAAGCAAGAUUGAUUCUGCUAGGAUUGGGGCUUUCAUACUUCGACAUCUAUAAACCUUGAGUUUACUUGACAGAGUACAUCAUUACUCAUUUGUUUUUCGAAACCCUAAACACAUCAUUUUAUUGAAUAACGUGUUUCUCCAGGAACCGAUUCUUCUCCAAUUAAUGAGGUAAUUUACAGGGCUUUUCGGCUGGUGUGAUUGUGUUUUGUCUUGGACAUGUUAAUCUUCGAGGUAUUGAUCAUUCAGAAUAUCAGGGAACAACUGUUUUUUUCUUUUCACUAACCAUAUUAGAAACGACUAAUUGUAAUCUUCUAGUUGAAUGACCGUGUCAUUGGAUAAAUUUGUCAAGUGAUUGUAUGUUGUUAUGCUCAA